GUGUGGGCGGGUCUUGUAUCAGAUUGACGGCGCGGAGACAUAGCGACACGCCUUGUUACUUGAGGAUAUGGGCGGGGUCAACCGGAUAGGCUCCGCCUCUUCUGGACGCUUUCCUUGUGUGAAUACGCUGCAGUUUGAAUCUGCAGGGAAGGGGAGGAGUCGGCGGCAAUGUGGUGAAGCGGACACAGAAAGUGGCACAACCUCUCACUACUACUGUCCGGACUACCGCCAUACAAAGCUGCCUGUGUGUGCGGGGCCAGGAGACGGGCACGGCUGCCAACUCAGGGCACUGACGGGAGGCGAACCCCGGAGAAAGGAGACUUCUUCCCUAUUGGUGGGUCACACGUCAGCCAGCGGGGCAGAGGCCGGGUAACAGCGGGCUGCCCCAAGCUCCGGGUCACUUGUGAACUGUAUUAUGGGCAGUGCCAUUGUCUAGAUCUGCUACCUGCAUCCACCAGUGUGGCAGUGCCAGGCUCCAGACACAAUGACGGCUGACAGGUCCAGACUGAUGACUGCCGGCAGUGCCACCUGCCCGUCCCCGGGGCUACUCCCGUCUGCCCAGUGAGGAGAGUGCUGCCCCCCGUACUGCCCCUGCUGGUGCAGCUCAAGUGGCUUCUCCCCGUGCCCGGCUCAGGUUACAGCGAUCAGGUGGCAAUACAUGGUGCCCCUCACCUGCACAUAGGAGAAGUGCAGCCUCACUCAUCGCACAGUCCUUGGAUAUCGGCUAAUCGAACAUCGGGCUCCGAUGGAGGCAGCAGCGACCGGAUCCGUGAAAGCCAGAGCAGGUUCCAGAAGUGCCAGCAAGGGCAGCAGUGAUGGGGGGGUCGCCAGCCCGAGCCCCGGGUGCCUUGGACUGACUGUGUGUGGGCACAGCUCCCCUCCCUGCCCCGAGUUCCAGCAUCAGUACAAGUUGGAUGACUUUGACACUGUGGCCACUGUGGGGACCGGAACAUUCGGGAGGGUUCAUUUAGUAAAAGAGAAGACAGCAAAGCACUAUUUUGCACUAAAAGUUAUGAGCAUUCCUGAUGUCAUUCGCCUAAAACAAGAACAGCACGUACACAACGAGAAGUCAGUCUUGAAGGAAGUGAACCAUCCGUUUUUAGUCAGACUGUUUUGGACCUCUCACGAUGAUCGCUUUUUAUAUAUGCUAAUGGAAUAUGUACCCGGAGGAGAACUUUUUAGCUAUUUACGUAACAUGGGACGUUUUAACAACAGCACCGGACUAUUUUACUCUACAGAAAUUAUUUGUGCAAUAGAAUACUUGCACUCCAAAGAAAUUGUUUACAGAGACUUGAAGCCUGAAAAUAUAUUGCUGGACCGGGAAGGUCACAUCAAACUUACAGAUUUUGGAUUUGCGAAAAAGCUUUCAGACAGGACAUGGACACUGUGUGGCACACCGGAAUACCUGGCACCUGAAGUAAUUCAGAGCAAAGGUCAUGGGAGAGCAGUGGAUUGGUGGGCACUCGGCAUCCUAAUAUUUGAGAUGUUGUCUGGGUUUCCCCCAUUUUUUGAUGAUAAUCCCUUUGGAAUAUAUCAGAAAAUUUUGGCUGGCAAAAUCGAUUUUCCAAGGCAUUUAGAUUUAUAUGUGAAAGACCUGAUAAAGAAAUUGCUUGUUGUAGACCGCACUAGACGUCUAGGUAAUAUGAAGAACGGAGCAGAAGAUGUCAAACGUCACCGGUGGUUUAGGUCUAUAGACUGGGAUGCUGUACCGCAGAGGAAAUUAAAGCCUCCCAUAAUGCCAAAAGUAUCCCAUGAAGGGGACACAUCAAAUUUUGAAGCUUAUCCUGAGGACGAUUGGAACAAAGCACCGCCUGUACCCCCAAAAGAUUUAGAAAUGUUUAAAAAUUUCUGAAGUGAAAAGCUACAAAAGCAGCUUAGGACUUGCUGUUUUAAAAUGGAUAUACAUGGGCAUCCGUGAAGGUUGGAGCCUCGGUACAAACAGAAGAUACCUCUGUUAUGAUCAAAGGAGCAACAAGCCAUUGACCUUUCUAUUAGCUUGAAGACGCUGCACAAUUUCAAUGAUUUCCUAUGACAAGAACAUUCCAGUACCCAGAGUACUUGUACUAGAAUGCGGGAUAUUGAUAUUGGCUUGACCACAGACCAUAGCGCGAGAUCAACACUGCAUCUGCCGAUGAACAGUACACAGUGGUCCCAGACCAUUUGGAUAGUUGGACUGAUUUAUGAUGUUGCUGCAACAAUUCUGCUCCUACAGCUUUAUUAGUAGAUUGACAUUCCUUAACUUGUAUGGAUUAGGUGCUCAAAGGGAAUGUAUUUUGACCAUGGUAUAGGUGGUUUUGUGUAAUAUGCAAAUCAACAGUUUUCUACUUGUAAUUGUAUUCUUGGCUUAUCUGCCACCCCCUUCAGAUUGGUUCAAUAUAUGUCAGCAGGAAGAGGCACAAUAAUACAGGAGGACUGGCACAAUUUUCAACAGUAGUUGAACCAUUAGUUUAAAGCAUUGCAGAGCUUCGGGGCCUUUUCUCUGGCACAUUGUGUACUUCAAUUUUGUAAAUAGCUUUCAUUUAGGAAGGUUCAGUGCCAACCGCACAUUACAUAUAACAAGUACUUGUCUAAGCCUGGGAAAUGUUGACGUUAUUUAUUAGAAAAAAAGGAAUGAUUGUUUUGAAAUAUAAAUGUAUACUUUAUACUGUAUUUCGAGCUAUAAGAUGCAUUAGUUGAUGGACUAUAAGACACUUAUUCUAAGUGAAGGCACAUGUCACAACUGAUCAGCAUGAUACACAGAAGACGAUACCAAGUGCUACCAUCUGCUUUCCCUUGGCCUAUUGUUAUCUGCAGCUACUGGAUGUUACAAGAAGUGUGAAGGUGCACAAAGACCUUUUGCUUGCCUGUAGCUAUCGUUGUUAGGUAUCACAAUAUACAAUAUAGGUCUCACAAUAUACAAUAGCUUCUGACAAAAGGGUCUUUUGAGCAUGUACAUGUUUCUUGUGACACUACAGCAUCUGCAGCCCCAACAGGUAGUGUCUUAGGUAUAUUCAUGCUACUUUGUUAUCUUCUAUGUAUCGUGAUACUUAGGGUACAUUCACACUGCAGAAUCUCCGCUUGCAGAAUUCCGAGAGCGGAGAUUCCGUCUGGCAGCCGUCACCACAAAAAUACUUCAGCGGUGAGACCGCGCGGCACUGCGCCGUCACCAUUGAUGGCUAAGCAGUGCUUGCGGACUUCCGCGCAAAGAAUUAACAUGUUCCUCCUUUGCGCUGAACAAUUUUAGCGGUGGAGUAGUCAGCUGCUGAAAUUCCUCGCAGAAUGGGUCUCGCAGAAAACGCGUUCACAGGAAUUCCGCAGUGUGAACAUACCCUUAGGAGGACUGACAGCAGGGGUUGCUGGUGGCAUAGCCUUCUGGCACUGUUCUGGAUUUUACACCUGUAACUGCAUGUCAUAGAAUUUUCCUCUAACCCAGGCAAAAGUACAUCCCAGCCCUGUGGCACAACCCAAAGGUCCUGUAUCGCCAUCAAAUGUGUCCAAUAGGUCAAAAAUACAGUUUGAAAUAUAUAUAUAUAUAUAUAUAUAUAUAUAUAUAUAUAUAUAUAUAUAUUUUCACUGUCCAUAAUGUCAUAUUUCCCAUUUUAUCCAUUAAGCACAAUGCCUGACCUUUCCAUAGAACUAAAGAGGAGAGUGUGUGUCGGGGGAGGGGGUGCUUUUUUCUCUUCGCUGAUUUUGGAAAGCACCAGUAUCUGUAUAUAAAAGAAUAUUAAUGUGACCAUGAGCACAAACCAUGUGCAAAGAUGUAAAUGUUUCUACUUUGCAAAGUCUGAGUUUUAUUUUUUAAAUAUUUGUUUUCAAGACUUUGGUCAGGGACGGAUAGAAUGCAGUUCUUCUUUUUAUUUGUUUUAAUAAAGUAAACUUUGUUUUAUGCCUGUAAAUAUAUAGUUUAUAAAUAAGUGUGUGCCUGAUAAACUUUGAAGGGCUUGUCCAUGGGCUAUACCUGGUAUUGCAACUUCGCCUCAUUCACUUAAGUGGGGUUAAAGAGGUACUCCGCCCUAGACAUCUUAUCCCCAAUCCAAAGGAUAGGGGAUAAGAUGUCUGAUCGCGGGGGUCCCGCCGCCGGGUUUCCCUGCUGCACCCGGCGUACUUUUAGAGCGUCGGGUGCAACGCCGGGGGCUCGUGACGUCACGAUCACACCCCUUCAAUGCAAGUCUAUGGGAGGGGGCGUGACAUCCGUCACACCCCCUCCCAUAGACUUGCAUUGAGGGGGGCUUGGCUGUGACAUCACGAGCAGGGCGUGACCGUGACAUCACAAGCCUCCGCCCCGCAUUGCCAGUCAUCUGGCUCGGAGCAAAGUUUGCUCCGUGCAUCGGAUGUCUGGGGUGCUGCAGCCAAGUUCGCGGGGGGAUAGGAUGGCUAGGGGCGGAGUACCCAUUUGGAUAGGGGAUAUGAUGUCUAGGGGCGGAGUACCCCUUUAAGCUGCCAUGCUAGACAGUCGUAGACAAAAUUGGCACCGUCCCUAAAAUAAAAAAAUUUAAAGACUUUGUUUUCUAACUUUGCACAAUUCCUUGUAAAGUAAAAUAUCUGAGCUGACUAGAAUCAAGAUAAGGCACUUUACAGUUUAUUGUAUUACAAAAAUUUCGGGUUUUAUCAUGGUACUUUUAAUCGAUCAUAGUGGGAGAUCCCCGGGAUACGUCACUGUGCUUUUGAGUUAACUUUUAUUCAAGUUAAAGUGAGAUUACAAUCCAGAUACUUGCAGUGUCAAGUUUAGUAGCUACUUUGUAUCAAUUGAUUUAAUAAAGUCGGUUAAACUUGCGACAUUUCUGACAUUUGUGUAUAAACUGAAGCUGCCCUUCAUCUAGCUGCUUGUAUCCUACAACAUAGUGUUUCAAAUGAUUUCCAGUAUGUUUCGCUUCAUCAUAAUGCAGAUAAUUCAUCCAUUUAUGAUUGA